AUGGCUGUCUUCGACAUUGUUUGGUAUGCGUUGGCUGGCUUCGGACAACCGUUACAGUGCGACGGCUCUCUCCACUCUGAAGCUCCGGCGACUUUUUUUUUUUUAGUUGAGCUUCAGCCACAUGUCUUUGCGCCACACUUUGUACCUCCUGGUCAACUUUGGAACCUUAGAAGUCUGGAACAUUGGAACUCGCCCACCUUCGUCAAGAGCAGCCCCGCAAGAUGCGACGGAGCGGCCAAUGGACAUCAGGCAAAGACUCACUCAAGACUCAACAGCCCCAUGAACAACAGACGCUGUCACAAAAAGAUAGCAGGAGGUUUUAACAACUACGCCGACUACCUAGACAAUCCUCCCUUGACACUUCCCUUCGGCUCCGCACACACACCACAACUACGGGAUAUGUCGUCCCAGCAAACUGAAAAUGCCCACGCUAUCGACCAAACGCCGUCUAAUACCACACAUGCUAGUUCGUGA